AUCCACUUCACGUGGUUUGACCUCUGCGCCACGGCCGUCAUCGUCACGUUUCACACAACAACCACCAGCACGCCGUUCAAAUCGUGUACAAACGGCACCGUCUGUCGCUCGUUCGUUAGUUCAAAGUCCGGCCAUUCCAUCGACAUCGGCUGCACCGGCUAGAGCACCAUUACAACCGCUCCGCAAUGAACGAGUGUGUCGCCGCAAAGGUGAACAAUCGGAUCCGAACCAAGAGACAUUCACCAUCAAAAUGUCUCUGCGGUCAUUCUUGAGAAACUCCUAUUGGUGGUAAACGAAACAAAGAUCAAAUGAAUGCAGCGAAUGCUGACAACGCCAACAAUAGAGAUUGUGAUAUGAAACGCCGAUUAAUGGCAAUCAUUGAUAAUGCUGUGAUUGAGAUGUCCGACUUGACGCGAUUAUCGGCAUACUAUGUGCACAGCGAAUUGAAUCGUUUGGUCGAUAGCAACAACGAUGCAGCAUUCCGUGCAGAAUUUUUAGCGCCUUUCGAUGCACACAAAUAUUUUUUCGCCCUAAAACAUUGCCAAGCUAACGUCAAUUGUCCAUUAAAUCCAAGGUUUGCACAAUAUCUAAGGGAUAAGAACAUUCCAGUUCAGCCACACAUUAACAACUUAACUCACCCGAUUAGUUUUGCUUACCAACUGUCCGCCACAAAUAUGCGCAAUAACACAAAUAUGCAUGGCAACGAUCACAUUCGCAAUUAUUUCAAGCGCAAAAAUAUUAUGGAACAGGAGAUUGAUGUGUUGAUGGACUUUUUGCAAUACGAAGAUUCGGAAGUCGAGCUGUAUGCCGGCACUCGCGCGCAUUUAACCGAAUACUACAAUGAGUUGCAUCCAUUGUUGCCACUCGACCGUAUUGCUCUCUACGAAAAUGAUCCUGAAAAUGUUGUGUUCCAAGACGACCAUCUCAUACCACGUGGCUGGUUGUGGACUACAACAGACGAUACCAAGUACUAUAAACACGUGCACGAGCUGAUCCAUUUACAGCGUUGGAUUCAACAGCACAAUGUGGCCAAUCCAAAUGAGCAGUGGCGGUCGUUUCGUGCCAUUCCGCAAUCGAAGAACAAACGCAAACAUGUUCAAUUCGAUACGGAAGAUUUCAUCGACAUGACAAAUUUAUUGUAUGCCCGCAGAGAAGAUAAAGUAAGAAGAAAUGACAAACCAAAUUGGGAUAACAAUGAUUACGAUGCAUUUUGGAAUCGGUAUGUAAAUUUGCGGAAAAUAAAUCGUAACGGACAAAUUUUCGGCAACUAUUUUACGACCGACGGUGUGACAGCAUGUCUGAGAAUGAUUCGUCGAAAGCGUGAUACGAGUGCACCGACCAAAACGAGUAAGAAAAUGAAUAAGAAGAAAAAGGGCAAGAAACAGUACGAAAAGAAAGAGCCGCCAAAAUGUCCGGAAGACAUUAAAGCUGCGUUUCGAGCUGGUCAAAUCACAAAGAUCAUUGGAGAUGAUCCGGGCGCCAAAGUAUCACGAUCGACAACAAGCCGUGAUCUGAAGAGUACACUCGAAUGGAGCUAUAAAUUGACAGCGAAACAGUGGUAUGCCAAAUCGGGUGCACGUAAUCGCAAGCACAGAUUGAGACGAUACACGGGCGUUUUGGAAGAUGAAUUGUAGCAAAAGCGGAAUGAUUUACACGCACUUUACGGCGAACAACCAUCGAGCAAAAGCGCAAAUCACCAGCUAUAUUUGGAAUACAAUUUGGAUUCCUUUAUGGCAUCACGUCAAGUGCAUUACCAACGGCGUGUGGCCCGACUAGAGCUGGACAAGCACAUUCAACGUCAAGUUGCCGCACAUCAAGUGGCCCGUGAUAUGACCCUACUCGAAAAAGAAAUUCCAAAAGCACAACAGACCAUCGUGUAUGCAUUGGGUGACGCAAAAAUCGGUGCAAAUUCGCCGAUAAAGGGACACUGCAGAACACCACAGGCCUUCAUAACGCAUACCAUUGAUCGAUAUUGUCGCAUAAUGGCUGUUCAUGAGCCAGGAACAUCGAUGCUCUGUAGUCGUGAUCAUGAUAUCUUAGACCAACCAUUGCACCGCGAAAGACCGGAGAAUAUGAAUCCAAAGGAUCGUUUCUUAGUUUGCAACAACUGCGAACCGGCCCUUAACCAUGUUCUCCCACCACCAAAUGAGUGGAUAGGCAAAAUUCAUCAUACAUUCCGACAAAAACAUCGCCAUGAAUUGGAACCGAAUCUCAAGCAUUAUGGACAUUCUAUCGCGAAUCAACAAUACAAUGGACGCAAGCAAACUAUUGUUUUUGACCGUGAUCUGAAUGCAUCACGCAAUAUGAUAUACAAAGCAUUGUGUAUGAUACAAGAUAUUCCAAUCAAUGGUGAUUUCAAUCGGAGUGCUGCCUAUUUACGACAACGGGCGGCUAAUAAUGCCGCUCAUUAAAUGAAUAUCCUCCUCGGCCGUCUCCCGUAGUUUACUCAGUCUACGAGUAAUUUACGUUGUGUGACAGAACGCGAUUCUUAACACUACUACCAAAUCUCAAAUUAAAGCAAUGUUGUUGCAAAUGUGUGACGAUUACUUUGCUCUUAAACUAUACAUAUUUGAUUUUCAUUAUAUGUUUCCAUUACUUCCAUUACUUCCAUUACGUUCCAUUACAUAUUGAUUAAUUUCCAUUAUU